GCCUGCAGCCCCGCCCCCCGGCAGGGCGCGCUGGCAGCGACCGCCCCGGCCCGGCCUGACGCGCCCUGUUCGCUCGAGCCGCGGUCGCGGCCCCGCCACUGCCCGGAUGGCGGAGGCGGUGCGGGCACUGGAGGUGCUGGGGGUCCCCCUGGACAUGGAAGAGGAGCUGCUGGUGCUGUAUUUCGAGAACAGGCGCCGCUCGGGGGGUGGCCCCGUGCUGGACUGUAGGCGCCAGGGCAGUCGCGCCAUCCUGACCUUCGAGAGCCCCGAGGAUGCACAGAGGGUCCUUGCCAAGCCCAGUCACACCCUGCAGGACACUGGGCUGGCAGUUCGCCCAGCUGCCCCACGAGAUUAUGGGAAGGUGCUUCUCCGGGGCCUGAACCCCCAAACCGACUGCAGCCUCCUGGAGCUCUUUGUGGAGUGUGUGCUGAACUGCGAGAGCCGGCAAUACACCAUCCACCGCAGCCCAGCCGGGGACCAAGCCCUGGUGCAGCUGCCAGAGCCGCUCGGUGACUCAGAGCUCCUGGGCCUGGAGGAGCGUGUGCGCCGGCGGCCACUGGACGGGGUGCUGCUGUCCGUGGAGUGGGUGCAGCAGACAGACAGCGUGCUGGUGCGGAGCCAGGGCGCCGGGCUGAGCAGGGACCUGCUGGAGCUCUACUUUGAGAACAAGCGGAGCGGUGGGGGCAGCGUGCAGGCCGUGAGGGUGCUGGCAGGGGGCAGGGCAGCUGUCAUCUCCUUCCAGGACCGGGCAGCUGUGCAGCGGGUGCUGGAGAAGCCCCACAGGCUCCAGGAGAGCGACCUGGACCUCUCCCCGUACUACGACUUCCUGGAGCCCCUUGACUGCCCCCCGGAGGAGGGAGCCGAGGCCCCCCCAGGAGAGGUGGCAGCAGUGGAUGGCGGGCCCCAGGCGAUCUGUGUGAGCCUUGAGGACGCAGCGAAGCGGCAGCUGCUGGAGUUCAGCGGGGCCCUGCCAGAGCUGCAGGCUGCCUUCCCGGAGCUGACGCUGCGGCUGGAGGAGAAUGGGGCCUGGAUCUCGGGCGGGGACGCAGCCCAGCGGCAGCAGCUGCAAGAGCGGCUCCUGGACACCCUGCAGGGGAUGGCCCAGGAGCUCCUGCCGCUCCCGGCCCAGACCCUCAGCUUUCUGCAGCGCGGCGACGUGCGGGAGGAGGUGGAGCGGCUGCUGGCCAGCCAGGGCUUGCCGGCCUGCUACGCACCCAGCGGGAGCGCGCUGAGUGUGACGGCGCUGAGCCCUGUGGCCGCCCGCCAGGCCAGCUCCUCGCUGAGCGCGGCCCUGAGCCCCUUCUGCCUGGCAGUGUCGGCACAGCACCUGCACGCCCUGGGCUCGCCGCGCUGGGAGCAGCUCCAGGCCUCGCUGCGCUGCUGCACCGUGUGCCUGGCCCCCGGCGGGGAGCACCUGCAAGCCCUGACGCUGCGUGGCCUGGAGCAGGAGAACAGGGAGAAGCUGCAGGGGUUCCUGCAGGACGCUGCCCUGGACGAGAGCCUGGUGUCCAUGGAGCCAGGGAUGCUGCGCUACCUGCAGCUCUACUACCAGGAGCUGCUGGCCGGCAUCGCCGAGGUCACGCUCCUGCCGCUGGAGGGCACUGACGUCACCGGCUUCAGGCUGAGUGGGGAGGCGGGCGCGUGCCGGGCAGCGGCGGAGUUCCUGCAGAGCCUGCUGGGCACCAUCAGCUGCCAGCCAGUGACCCUGCGGCACCCUGGCAUCGCUCGCUUCCUGUUGGACAAGCGAGGCCAGAGCAUCCUCCGGGAGCUGGAGAGCCGCUUCCAGUGCGUGAUUGGGCUGGAGCAGGUCCACUGGAGCCCCCCGUACGCACAGCAGGACCUGGAGCUGCCUGAGGGGCCUGUUCCUCUGAGCUGCCGCCGAGACUCCCUGCCCACUGCCCAGCUGCCCACUCGGCUGGAGCUGCCCGACGGCGACACCACUGACUGGUGCACCACCAACAUAGAGGAGAUCAAAGGCCUGCUGGCCUCCCUGGAGCCCGGAGACGUGGUGGGGGCUGCCCCGCUGGCUGCCCCUGCUGCCGGGGAGGCCCCGGACUCGGCAGCGACCAGCCCUGAGGAGGAGGAGGAUCUGUACACCGUGGGAGAGCCUGGCAUUGCCGCGGGGCAGGAGGAGGCGCAGGCGGUGCCUGCAGGGCAUGGCGGGGAGCGGAGGGGCCUGGCAGAUGGUGGUGAGGAGGAGGAGGAGGAGAAGCUGCCCUGCACCGCUCCGUCGGAGUGCAGCAUGGAGGAGGAGGCGCAGCUGCUGCUGGCCAUCCAGCAGUCCAUGGACAGCCAGCGCUGGGAGGAGGAGGAGCUGCAGCGCGCCACGGAGCUGUCCCUGCGCUCCUACGAGCAGGAGCAGCACCAGGCCCCGGCAGAGCCCGCAGCUGACCGCAGCCUGCAGGCCGCCCUGGUGGAGUCCCUGGAGGAGGCGCUGUGCGUGGCCGGUUCCGCCCAGCUCACCAUCUACUCAGCCUACGAGCAGGACGUCAGCGCGCUGCCAGGGCAGCUGGACCAGGCGCUGCGGGAGCAGCAGUGCCAGGAGAAGGUGGCGAGCGAGGCUCUGCGAGCUCUGCCCUCACGCUGCCGCGGGUACCUGGCCCAGCUGCAGCGCCAGCACGCCGUGCGCAUCUCCCUGCAGGACGCCACGGCCACCGUGCACGGCUUUGCCGACUACACAGCCCGUGCUGCCCGCGACCUCACCCGCCUCCUCACCCGCCUGCUGCAGACCCAGCGUCCGCUCGGGGAGCCAGCUGCACGCUGGGUGCGCUGGGAGCCCCCUGGCACCGCUGCCCCCUACUCCUCGGAGGCCAGCGCCCUGCUGGAGCAGGCCUGGCGCCGGCAGCAGAAGCGGCUGGAUGUGCUCUUUGAUGGCAGGCCCUUCACCAUAGACUUUGAGCGCAUGGAGGAGUAUGACAUCGGCGGCGCCUGCACCCUGCCCAUCUCGCGCACAGAGCCCCCGGCCCCGGAGAACAGCCGCCCUGCAGCCACGGAAGAGAAGGGCCUCGAGGUGGACCUGGAUGAGGAGGUGAAGCUGGUGCCGCUGGUCCAGGGCUCGGAGGAGUUCCGCGGCACCGUGCGCCUGUUCUACGACACGCUGGAGGACUUCCACAACAAGAUCCGCAUUGUGAAGGUGGAGAAGCUGAUCCACCCACUGCUGUACAAGCAGUACCAGCUGAAGAAGGCCUGCAUGGAGAAGGCGUGCGGCCACGAGGCCGUGGAGCGGCUCCUCUUCCACGGCACCACGGAGGAAGCCAGCCGGGAGAUCUGCCAGCACGGCUUCAACCGCAGCUUCUGCGGCAAGAACGCCACGCUCUACGGGCACGGGGUCUACUUCGCGGUGAAUGCCGUGGUGUCAGUGCAGGAGCAGUACUCCCCACGCAGCGCCGACGGCAACAAAUACGUCUUUGUGGCCAAGACGCUGACGGGGGACUACACGGCAGGCAGCCGGGACAUGCGGGCGCCGCCCCUGAAGGAGGCGGCUGAGGUCCCGCUGCGCUAUGACAGUGUGGUUGACAACCCCAAGAAGCCAGCCAUCUUCGUCAUCUUCAAUGACACGCAGGCCUAUCCGCAGUACCUCAUCACCUGCCAGCUGUCCAAGCCUCCGGCACCGCGCUGAGCCGCUGGGCGUGGGCUGGGUCACCCUGCUCCAGCUCACAGCCUGCCGUGUGCCCCUCUGUGCCUGCGGCUCUCAGCCCCCAGCAGGCUGCCCUGCCCUGGGCCAGCACGGCUGGGAGGGGAGAAGACACCUGCGCUGGGCUCCGCGACCGAGCUGUGCCCUGUGGAGAGGCCAGGCAUCAGCCCCUGCCCAGUGAGCUCCUCUUGGACGGCCAGGGCCACGCGGCUCAACAGGGAGCUGGGCUGCUCUGGGGGCCCCCAGUUCCCAGCCCCUCGGACAUUGUAUAGUCCCUCUGCCUAUUGCCCGUGUACGGUGCCCAAGGGCCAGUGCCACGGCUCUGGCAGGGGCGGGACCAGGAGCUGAACCCCACAAGUCAUGGAGAGCCCUGGAAACCGGACCCCGAAUAAAGAGUCAGACAGCA